AUGGCUGUGAAGGGGAUCGGAGGGAGGGACCCCCCCCCACCUCCGGUGCUUACGUUCCCCGGCUUUGCCCCCGCAGAUGACCUGGCCAAUGAGAUGGACGAUGUGGAUUUUGACGAGGAGGCUGUCGAAGGGGUUGAGGAGCAGGCCUGGGAGACGGAGGAGGAAGACGAGGGGGUGGAGGAUGGCAUGGAGGCCCAGGAUGACAGCGAGGUCACGUUCUCUGAGCACUCGGCCUCCGUUUUCUGCGUGAGCCUCGAUCCCACAACCAACACCCUGGCAGUGACCGGCGGGGAGGACGACAAGGCCUUCGUAUGGCGUCUGAGCGAUGGUGAACGCCUGUUUGAAUGCUCAGGUCACAAGGACUCCGUCACCUGCGCAGGUUUCAGCCACGACUCCAAGUUUGUGGCCACGGGGGACAUGAGCGGACUGGUCAAAGUGUGGCAGGUGGACACGAAGGAAGAGAUCUGGUCGUUCGAAGUGGGUGACUUGGAGUGGAUGGAGUGGCACCCUCAGGCCCACGUCCUGCUGGCGGGCACAGCUGAUGGGAACUCCUGGAUGUGGAAGAUUCCCAGCGGCGAGUGCAAGACCUUCCAGGGGCCGAGCUGCCCGGCCACCUGCGGCAGGGUCCUUCCUGACGGGAAGAGAGCGGUGGUUGGCUAUGAAGACGGGACGGUGCGGAUCUGGGACCUGAAGCAGGGUAGCUCGCUCCACGUUCUUAAAGGUCAGGACGGGCAUCAGGGCCCCUUGACGUGCGUGACCAGCAAUAAAGAUGGCAGCCUGGUCAUGACCGGGUCCGUGGAUUGUCACGCCAAGCUGGUGAACUCCGCCACCGGCAAGGUGGUCUGUGUGUUUAAGAUGGAAAGUGCAGCCUCAAAGCCUCCGGCGGGGGAGGCCGAAUCCAACUCGGUCGAGUCCCUGGGCUUCUGCAAUGUGAUGCCGCUGGCAGCCGUGGGCUACCUGGACGGGACCUUGGCCAUUUACGACAUCUCCACGCAAAGUCUGAGGCAGAGGUGUCAGCACGAGUCGGGGAUCGUGCAGCUGCUGUGGGAGGACAGCUCGGCCGUGGUCUACACCUGCAGCCUGGACGGGGCCGUGCGCUUGUGGGACGCUCGCUCCGGGAAGAUGAUCAGCGAAUAUCGGGGCCAUUCGGCCGAAAUCCUGGACUUCGCCGUCAACAAGGACGCGUCCAUAGUGGUGACAACGUCCGGGGAUCACCAAGCCAAAGUGUUCUGCGUUCAGCGCCCAGAUCGUUAGCAUUGGCGCCUGGAGGGGAGCGGAGCGUUGUGGGAGCUGAGAGCAGUGCAUUGUGGGAUGGGGGGGGGAAAUAAACCCAGCAGCAAAGUGAGGUGGAGCGAUCCACGGCUGGAACUCGAGGGGGGUGGGAGGCUGUCGCGUACUGCACGGGGGACCCCGAUCCUUUUCGCAUAAAGUGGUUCAUAGCUAUCGCUUGGCCAUCUCCGCCCUGUUUAGUUUUAGGGCUAAUCCCAGGGUUUUCUAUGAAAUGUUUUAAUUAUAUAAAUUAUUUCACGUACCGGA